AUGUCGUCUGACACCACCGCGGCGCCCGGUUCCGGAUUCUGCGUACACUGCACCUCGGGCUCGCGCAUCCCCGGCGAGCCCAAGGGCAAGAUCGAGUCGCUCCACGGCUUCAACACCUACGUCGCCACGCCUGCGAGCCCCUCGGCUGACUCGGCUUCAAAGGCGAUCAUUUACUUUUACGACGCAUUCGGCCUCAACCUCGUCAACAACAAGAUCAUCCCCGACCUGCUCGCCGAUGCCACCGGCCUCACCGUCUAUGUCCCCGAUAUGUUCAACGGGGGAGGCAUUAGCGAGGCAGCGCUGAGCUCGGCACCCAUGACAGCGCAGAGCGCGCGCUCCUCGGGCAUCGUGCAGAAGCUCAAGACCGUCGCCGCGUUUGCGACCACAACACCCUUCUUCGUGCGCCACUUCCCCGCCACCAAGAUCGGUCCCAUGAAAAAGUGGAUCGACGAACUCAAGGCCUCCAAGGGCUACACGCGUCUGGGCGGCACCGGCUUUUGCUACGGCGGUAAACUCGUCAUCGCACUCAACGGUACCGGUCACAUUGACGUCAGCGUGGCCAACCACCCCUCAAUGAUCACCAAAGGCGACAUCGCAGGGAUCAAGAAUCCCAUCCUGUUCAACGUCGCCGAGUACGACCCCAUCUUUUCCGAGGCCUACGCUAAACAGGUCGAGCAGGAUUGGGCUAAGAGGCAGGAUGCACCACUGCACAAGUUUGAGUACUACCCCAACACUGUCCAUGGCUUUGCGGCCAGGCCGGAUCUGGCAGAAAAGCAGGUCAAGGACGCGUUUGAAAAGGCUUUCGAGAGGAGCGUCGAGUUUUGGAAGUCCAACUUGUAG